CUCGGGCUCUGAUUGGUCAGCUCAAAGCCCAGCCCCGCGCGCUCAUUGGUCCACAGUAUCUCCACACUGGCAGCCACCAAACACUAAAACGACUGGGGUGAAAGAGUCCCGCGGCACUCGGCUCUGCGUCCAGCCUCACACAGGAUACACACGUCCAGGAGAACCGAACCGAACCGAACCGAACUGCCUUCUUUUUCGAUUUUAAAAUCCCGAAUUACUGCUGGGGGUUUUUUGUGUGUGUGUGUGUUCUUUUUUUAUAUAUUUAUUCUUUGUUUUUUUUUCAUGGGGAAAUCGACCAGGACAAAGUUGUACGAACUUCUCUAACCCGGAGCCCGACGCCGCGCUUCGUUCUUCGGCUUGAUUUUAAACCUUUUUGGGACGUUUUAGUUUUAGUGACGUCUUUGUUUUGUUUCCUUCGCCGUCGUUUUUAUUUUUAAGAGCAUUUUAUUUAUUUACACAUUUUUGAACCUAAAGGUCAGCGUUGGCGCCUCUCCUCUGGAUUAUCUCUGACCAGUGAGGAGGAGGAGGUCACUGCCCUGACUGCAGAAAUAAAGACGACGAUUCGAACACAGACCGAACUGAACCGAACCGAACCUUGUAGUCGAGCUUUAGUUCGAGUGUUUUAGGUUGGGGUUUUUUUUUUUACACUCACGCAGACUCUGAUGUUCCUGAACUUGUAGCGCGCGGUGCGCUCUCGCCUCCAUCCUUUAACGCGCACGCACUGGACUUGACUCCUGACACCGUCGGCGUCUGGAGAAGAAGGAGGAAGAGGAGGAGGAGGAGGAGGAGGAGAAGGAGGACAGGAGUAGAAAAAAAAAGAAAAAAAAAAGAAACACGACUAUUUUCUAUCCAAAAAUAACAAACAAAAAAAAAAAACCAAAAACCCAAAAGAGUCCUGCCGGCACCUCACUCCUCUGACACCCCAGUCAGGUGGCACUGACCCAAGCUGUUGUGAUGCAUAUUCCCGUAGAGCCGCCCACGACCAGACGGUUCACGCCGCCCUCCACGUCCUUCCCCUGCAGUAAACUCGCAGACGGCAACGGGGCCAUGGCCACACCGGGGCCCCUGAGGACAAGACCGGACACCAGGAACGUGGUGGACGUCCUGGCGGACCACGCCGGCGAGCUGGUCCGCACCGACAGCCCGAACUUCCUGUGCUCCGUGCUGCCGUCCCAUUGGAGGUGCAACAAGACGCUGCCCGUGGCUUUCAAGGUCGUGGCUCUCGGUGAUGUCCCCGACGGGACUCUGGUCACCGUGAUGGCCGGAAACGACGAGAACUACUCGGCCGAGCUGAGGAACGCCUCGGCUGUGAUGAAGAACCAGGUGGCCCGCUUCAACGACCUGCGCUUCGUGGGCAGGAGCGGUCGAGGAAAGAGCUUCACUCUGACCAUCACCGUCUUCACCGGACCUCCGCAGGUGGCCACGUACCACCGGGCCAUCAAAGUCACCGUGGACGGACCGCGGGAACCACGCAGACACAGAGUGAAGAUGGAAGACCCCGGAAAGAUGCAGUUCUCCGACAGGCUGUCGGAGAUCGAGCGCUACCAGCGGACUAUGCGGAUAGGCCCGGUGAACAACAACCCUCGGCCAAUCCAAACACACCUCAGCACCACACAGGCCCUGUGGCAGGAUCAAAUGGACACCCCCACUCUGAAGACAUGCAAGGUGGAGGAGGACCUGAGGCCAUGGGCAGGGACUACGGAUCUGUUCCAGCAGAGGACCACGUUCCCGUCUCUCUCCCCACUGACCGACCCUCGCUUCUCGGACCCCCGCAUGCAUUACCCCGGGGCUUUCCCCUACUCUGCCAACACCUCCAGCACUGGCAUCAGCGGCCUCAGCAUGUCGGCCUCUUCUAGAUACCACACCUAUCUGCCGCCGCCCUACUCAAACAACCAGAGCCAGAACUUCCAGUCCAAUUCUUACCUGUACUACGGCACCGGCUCCGGAUCCUACCAGUUCUCCAUGGUGGCGCCGGGGAACACCGGAGGCGAGCGCUCGCCCACUCGUCUACUGUCCUGCUCAGGGGCCGGCGGCACCGGAGGGACCAACAGCCUGAUGAACCCGGGCCUGAACGCCCAAAGCGAGGGCGUGGAAGCCGACGGCAGCCACAGCAACUCCCCGACGGCCAUGAGCGCCUCCGGGCGCUUGGAUGAGUCCGUCUGGAGGCCUUACUGAGCGACAGACGUCCAGACGACCUGAAGGUGUUGGAGGAAAGGGAAAGUGGAGGAUGAACACGAAAAAAACACUGAAAGAAAAACGAAAAAAAAAAAAACAGAAAUGCUGCAUGUUUGUCUUUACUUUGUCCAGCACUCGCUUUAAAGCCGUUCUGUGUUUAUUCAUCUCUCCCGAGACUUUUGAUUUUUACAAACUCCUGCACUGUGCUCAGACCAGUACUCUUAACAGACUGUAAAACCGUGUAACCUAAGAUGAAGCUCAGCAGAGACUGACAAAUGAAGUGAUGAAAACAAACCAGAGAAGCCAUAAAAGUUACAGGAACCGUAUUGUGGCGCCAACCAUCACUCGCUAGGAACACGUUGGAGAGACGGGAGUCACGGAAGAGAAUCUAAUUUGAUCAGCUGACCAACUGGAAGACCACACUUAUCGAGCAGACCUUUCAGACUGCGCCCACUCACUUGAUAGGUGUGAAGGAGCGGUCAGCCCGGAGGAGAGACUCUGGACGUCCUCCCGCUGCACGGCUGCACCUCCUGAAGACUUCAGUUCUGAAACAUGUACAAAAAAACAUUUUGAAGGACGGACACAGCUGUCACAUGACCAUCUCUCAGUGUAUAUGCAGUACCUUGUUGCCUAAACCUUUGUCCGGAUGAACCGAGAGAACCGUCAGUGCCACAGCACGCAGCGGGUGUGUCGACACUAGGGGUGUGUAUUAGCAAGAAUCUGGCGAUACGAUACAGAGGCAAAGAUACGAUAUACUGCCAUACUCUAGUCCUGCUCCC